ACAUCAAGUGUUUCAACAAUUGCUCCUACUGAAUCAUCUUCAACAUCUGUCCCAUCAACAACUACAACAACAACCUCCACAUCCACGACUCCACCAGCAGAUACAUCAGAACCAACAAGUACACAGACCUCCACUCUGCCAAUAACAGGUACAUCAAGUGUUUCAACAACUGCUCAUACUGAACCAUCUUCAACACCUGUACCAUCAACAUCUACAAUAACAACCUCCACAUCCACAACUCCAUCAGCAGAUGCAUCAGAACCAACAAGUCCACAGACCUCCACUCCACCAAUAACAGGUACAUCAAGUGUUUCAACAACUGCUCCUACUGAAUCAUCUUCAACAUUUAUACCAUCAACGACUACAAUACCAACCUCCACAUCCACGACUCCACCAGCAGCUACAUCCGAACCAACAAGUACACAGACCUCCACUCUGCCAAUAACAAGUACAUCAAGUGUUUCUACAUCUAUGCCUACUGAAUCAUCUUCAACAUCUGUCCCAUCAACAACUACAACAACAGCCUCCACAUCCAUGACUUCACCAGUAGAUACAUCCGAACCAACAAGUACACAGACCUCCACUCCGCCAAUAACAGGUACAUCAAGUGUUUCUACAUCUACUCCUGCUGAAUCAUCUUCAACACCUGUACAAUCAACAAAUACAACACCAACCUCCAUUUCUACAAAUCCACCAACAAGUACAUCAGAACCAACAGGUACAUCAAGUGUUUCAACAACUGCUCCUGCUGAAUCAUCUUCAACAUCUGUACCAUCAACAAUAACAACUUCUACAUCCACAACUCCACCAACAAGUACAUCAGAACCAACAGCUACCUCAAGUGCUUUGACUCUUCCAACUGAAACAGCUUCAUCUGUACAACCAACAACUACAAUACCAACCUCUACGUCCACCACUCCACCAACAAGUACAUCAGAACCAACAAGCACACAGACUUCUACUCAGCCAGCAACAGCAAGUACAUCAAGAAUUUCAAUACCUACUUCUACUAAAUCAUCUUUAACACCUCUACCAUCAACAACUACAAUAACAACCUUCACAUCCAUAACUCCACCAGCAAGUACACCAGAACCAACAAGUGCGCAGACUUCCACUCCAGCAACAGCAACUACCUCAAGUGCUUUGACUCUUCCAGCUGAAACAUCUUCAUCUGUACAAUCAACAACUACAAUACCAACCUCUACAUCCACCACUCCACCAACAAAUACAUCAGAACCAACAAGUGCGCAGACUUCCACUCAGCCAGCAACAACAAGUACAUCAAGUGUUUUCACAUCUACUCCUACUGAAUCAUCUUCAGUAUCUGUACAUUCAACAACUACAAUACCAACCUCCUCAUCCACAAAUCCACCAACAAGUACAUCAGAACCAACAGGUACGCAGACUUCCACUCCACCAAUAACAAAUACCUCAAGUACUUUGACUACAUCUGUUGAAGCAACUUCUUCACCUGUCCAAUCAUUAAGUACAAAAUCCAACUUCACAUUCACAACAGCACCAACAAGUACACCAGAACCAAGAAGGACACAGAGUUCCACUCAGCCAAAAACAACACAACGCAAAGUAAUCCUAAGGUUUACUGUCACAAGUGAGGACGUGAAUUUAGCUGAUCAACAAAUAAGAGAGAAAGUUCUUCAAAAUCUUCAAUUCCUCGCCCAGAAAAUAAUAGUUGAAGGAAUGACAAGAGGUCAGUGAAUUCUACAAUUUAUGCUGUACUACAUUUCACGUUGCAACCUGAGUAGCAGUAUGUGAUCUCAAGUGGGACAAGAAUGUUUCAUUAUUGUACCAUUUAAUUUAAGUUUUACAUUUGACUCCUCUAUGAUCUCUACUAUCUUUGCUCUAAUUAAAUUAUUGUUGAUUAUUAAUAUAAAUGGGAAUUUCAUUAAAUCACAUUAAUUAAUAUUUCCGUGGUUAGAUACAUGAAACAGUUUAAAGCAGACAAAUCAUUAACUAAACGUAAUGCUGGAAUAUUGAAAAAGGUAUUCCAGUUUUCUACAGUUAGUCAGAAAGACCUGGAGAAUUUUUUCAAAUUAUUCCCUGAUGUAAAACUGCUAUUAUAGAUUGGUCACAUAUUUAUUUUCAAUGACCUGGAAACCAAUUUGAUUGAAUGACAGAAAUUUAAAUUUAGUGGAAUUUAAAUUCCCUUUUCUAGAAUCUUCUGUAGUAGAUACUUUGUUUUGUAUACUACAUGCGUUUCCCUCAGUCCUGUUUUGACUGACCCUUUCUUUGCUUUAAGAUUUCUGAUCAUUUCCAUGUACUCUGUCUACUAUUUAAUCACAGAAUCCCUUACAGUGCAGAUUGAUGCCAUUUGGCCCAUCGAAUCUGCACCAAUCCUCCAUCCAGACCCUCCUCCCUACUCUAUCCCUACAAUCCCACGCUUAAUCCAGAGACUCGGGUCAUAUAUUCUGGGGAGCUGCAUUCAAAUUUGCCAUGGUAGAUGAUGGAAUUUGAAUUCAAUAAAAAAAAACUGGAAUUAAACAUGAUGAUCAUGAAUCUGUGGUCAAUUGUCAGAAAAACCAUCAGAUUCACUCAUGCCCUUUAUGGAAGGAAACUGCCGUCUUGCAAACCAAAGACAAUGUCUUCAGUGCUUCCAACAAUUAAUUGGGGAAAGGUUCUACCCCUUAUGUCUGAAUGUUGGGCAACUGGCCUGACCCAGGUGGAGGUGGAGGUGGAGGUGGGAGUGGUCAAAAGAGGUGCUAAUGAGUUAAAGCUGAGUGUCUUUAGCAAUUAUGUGGAAACUGACAUUGUGUUUUUGGAUGGUAUUAUUGAAAUGAUAGCAAGAAAUUAAGAAUUAGGAGAAAGCCCAAGCAGAGAACAUCUGUUAACACGGGAGCCAAUUGGAAAGUUGAAUGGUUACCGAUUUUGGAAUGGGAUCAAGAGCAGGGUGUAUGCUUUUUGAAGAAUUUAGCAAGGGCACCUGGAAGAUAGGGCAGAAAUCAGUGGAGAGCUUUCGAGAAAGUUUGACUUGGUGAGCUGAGGUGGUGAAAGUAAUGGCAGAGGCAGCUGGCCCCAACAUCAGUAACAGAAAAUUCUGUGAUCAAUUCAAACUCGCUCUUUGCAAUUAUUAGCAAGUGAAUGUUAUCUCCAUGUUUAAACUCAAGGUCGAAGCACAUAUUUCCGAUUGUGCAGGUCACAUAAAUAUCUUUUUUUAUACAUUGUAACAUCCAUUCAUAAAACAAUUAAUAUUAAUGAUUGUAGUCUAUUUGUUGACCUGAAUUUUCUGAAUUCACACUUGCAUAGUCGAUGUAUAUUGGCAAUUUCCUUGUCCAUUCCUUAAAUCUCAUUAUGUAUUUCAACAUACACAUCUGUGAACACUAUCAUAAAAUUAUCCACAUUACAUUUGUAUGAUUAAUUAUUCUGAAAUCUGAAAAUAAAUAGACAAUUGGUGGGCAACCAGCAUGUUGUUAUGUAAGUGACCUUGGAUUCACCAUGCUCAUGAACUCUUGGAGAUGAUUGCAGCAGACCUAUUUGAAACAGGCCCUCCAGGAGCAGAUGGUGACCGUACUGAGCAAGGGAGCUGAGCAGUUCUCCAGGAUCUCCAUCAGCAGGUGGCGACAGUGGGGGAGGGCAGCUGCAGCAAUCGAACAAACUCUCGCUGGAAGAAAAGAAUGUCUUUGGUGUGGAAAGGGUUAAGGAGAAGCAGGAACAGACAGAUCAUGGAAUUUCUCAGCCCAAUGUAACUCAUACAGUCAUUCUAUGUACAUAGUGUAAAUAAUUCCUUCUUUAUACUUAAUUUACUGUCCUGUUUGUAAUGACCUAAUGCUGGUGAAAUAAAAAUUCCUGGCUUCAUGA